AUGUUCUUCGUCUUCAUUCUCACCAUCGCCCUCGCCUCUGCACGCUGGGUCAACGACCUCUGCCCUCCAGGCCCCAUAACUCCCUCUCUACCUCCCGGCAUGGCUGACGCCGACGGUCCACUCCACUUCAUCGUAGUGGCGCGGGGCAAGGCGAUUCAAUGUGGCGCCCAGACAUGGGCUCGGGCCAACGCAUACGACGUAGGAUGCAUCCUCUCGGUCCCGCCGUUCUACGGUGCCGUGGCCCCAAAUAUCUCCCGCCUCGCCAUGGAAACUAUCACGUAUCCCCAGAUCGGGGCAAUUCCCCAACUCGCCCUUGAGGUUGUGGAGAAGUAUGUCUACCACCCUCCCAUCCACACUCACCCCAGCGGCAACCAGCUCACAGUCACGGAUCCCGCCACCGACCUCUUCGUCACCCUCAACGUAUCUGCGCGUAUUGCCCCACCCCGCGUUAACCGCGACUACGAUAUCCAUUGGACUAGCUACAAUGCCGUCGCUGGUGACUUCGACUUCGGUACCGAGGUCCUACGCAUUUAUACUGCUGGUGGGGUGCCGCGCCGGUGCCGUGACAACCGGCCGCCCGAGGAGGUCGACUAUGCCGCCCUGUACUGGUUCUACAAGUAG